CAGGAGCCCGGCGUCCUGCUGACUUCGGGGAACCGGAGUCCGGGGCGCUCUCCGGGUGUUCGAGGGCCCGAUCGCGAGGCCGCGGCCGCGGAGAAGGCAGCAGGUGCGCCGUCCGGCGGGAGCGCGGCGGCCCGGGAUGCGGACGCCGGUGGCGAUGACGGUGGGCAUGGUAUUCGCGCCCUGCGGGCUGCUGCUCAACCUGACCAGCACGCUGACGCCCGGGUGGCGGCUGGUGAAGGGCUUCCUCAACCAGCCGGUGGACGUGGUGCUCUACCAGGGCCUGUGGGACAUGUGCCGCGAGCAGAGCAGCCGCGAGCGCGAGUGCGGCCAGCCCGACGACUUGGGCUACUUCGUGGCCGAGCCCGUGCGCGUGGCGCGGGGGCUCAUGGUCACAUCGCUGGCCAUCACGGCCCUGGGGCUGCUGCUGGCUUCGCUCGGCGUGCGCUGCUGGCAGGAAGAGCCCCGCUCCGCGCUGGCCGGCCUCUCCGGCUUGGUGCUCUUUGCCGCGGGCCUCUUCAGCCUCAUCCCGGUCUCCUGGUACAACCACGUCUUGGGGGACCGCGCCGUCCUGCCCGCCCCGUCCAGCCCGGUCACGGUGCAGGUCAGCUACAGCCUGGUGCUGGGCUACCUGGGCAGCUGUCUGCUGCUGCUGGGCGGCUUCUCGCUGGCACUCAGCUUCGCGCCCUGGUGCGAGGAGCGCUGCCGUCGCAAGGCGCCCUCGGGCGGCCAGCGCCGCAGCAGCAUCAGCACCGUGCACGUGGACUGGCCCGAGCCCGCGCUCACGCCCGCCAUCAAGUACUACAGCGGGGGCCAGCACCGGCCGCGGCCCGCCGACCUCGGCGCCGCCGGCCCGGCCAAGGUGGGCUUCCCCAUGCCGCGGCCGCCGCCCAAGGCCCACAGCGACCCGGAGGAGGACACGCUCGACGGGGAGAAGGCGGCCGACUCCCACAGCGCCUCCUCGCGCAGCACCCGGCUCUGCCACGGCUCGCUGCCCUGCGACUCCGACCUGUAGGCGGCGCCCCGCAGCCUGCUCUGGCCAGACGCUGUCUGGGCGAAGGACUCGCGCCACCAGGGGCCGACCAUGAACUUGUCUGUUACCUGGCCCCUGGAAACACCUGCCUCGGAGGCGAGCCCCGGACGCGUUCCUGUAACUCGUUUGGAAGGCGAUCUUCCUCUCCUGUGGCCAAACUAGACUCCGUGGACGAUUAGUUCAGGUUGGAUGUGGUUUUCUUUUUUACAGAGUUUAGCUUUCCUCCCCAGAGGAAUUAGGGUCCUCUUAAGGAGUAACAGGCUUUUCUUUUAGCUGAAGGAGGUAUAGGAAGGGUGACGUUUGCAUCGUGUGGACCAGGGACAAUAACAACAAAAAGUCCAAAUCAGCAAAUAGAAGCUCAAAAACGAUUUAACACCUUGAAACAAUAAUAUUCUGAGAUGCCGAUGAACUUUGCACCAGUAUAAUUAUCAACUUUUUUCUGCUGUAUACUUCAUUUUCAUGCAAAUUCUCAAGAGACCAAUAUAUUUCUGGCUAUGUUUGAAUGAGGCUCUGAAACGUAGAGCCGAGCAAAUACCAGCAGCUUUAAUGGCUUUUAUGGAAUGAAAUAAGCUGAUUAACUCCUAUGUACAUUUGUUCAUGUAUAAAUAGCAGUUAUCUUCUUUAUCACUUAUUUUUGGUGUGAAAGUGACUCUUGAGGUCACUCCAGGUUUCUCUUCUAGAAGCCAGAAGGAGAAUGAAUGGACUAACGCUUUACUGUUCUAUUUCUUGGCUGCCUCACCCUGGACAGAGACUACAGAUCAAAUAUUUGGUACAAAAUGGAAUCUGUUCAUCACAGUAGGUUAAUGUACAGGUGUAUAUAUCUCUUAUUUAUAAAUUAUAAAUUUGAAAACAAGA